AUGGUGUGGGCAGCCCCAGCAGCCAUCGCUCUCUGCCUCCGUUUCCCCGCAGACCUCGUGAAAGCAGCAGCGGUGAGUCAGCGCCGGCAGCUCCAGUGGCUCCGGAUACACCAGGGCUUUGCCGAAACGUCGCAGCCGGUGACCGGGAGCGUCACCCUGGUCGUCGCAGCCGUCCUGUCUGCCACCGAGCAACACACCGACCUCGGGGCACUGGUGUGCGACAUGGAGCCUGAGACCAUCACGGCCUCGGACCCCAGCAUCCUGGAGAACCUGAAGCUCUGCCCAGCACUGACGGGGGCCCAGCAGGACGCCCUCAAUGCCGUGCUCCUCGGGGGGGGCACAGUGUAUGGGGAUCCUUCGAGCUGGGAUUUACAGACCCUGCAAAAUAUGGGGCCGCUCCUGCUGGCUUUGAACCAGACCACGCUGAGCUUGGUGGCCGAGGUAACGCGGGAGGCUUUCAGCAGGAGCAUCGCGGCCACGUACGGCAGCCAGGGACGUUCCCAGCGGGAGAAGUCCCUGACCCUCCUCAGGGCCUUCAGAGCAGCGUCGGCUUCGUCUCACCCCAGGCUGAAGCGCGGCACAGACGGUGAGUAUGCCAAUCUGCCCAAUGUGCCCAAUGUGCCCUCCUUGCCCACAGGCUGCCCGUCCACCCCCAUCACGGCCAGCAUCAUCUCCAGCUCCUCCUUCAUCAUCGACUACAGCACCAGCGAGCAGCUUGACCUCUGCCUGAGCAAUGAGGUUUUAGAAGCAAACCUGGAGCCUCUGCUGGAACAGCCGCUCCCCACGGAGUACCUCAUGGUCGUGAAAAACAAGCUGAAGCAGAUUUAUGGGUCGGAGAUCCCGGAGAAGCAGCUGAAGCUGUUCAGGCAGCUGGCUCGCCAGUACACGGCGGAGGAGAUCAGCCAGUGGCCACCGUUGUCCAACGACACGUUCUCAGCCCUGCUCAGCCCCUCGGAUGGCAAGUGGGAGGCUCCCCAGGUCCAGCAGCUGCUCAGCAGGUACCAGGCCACAGGGGGCACCUUGACCGGACCCUUGCUCUGGAAAAUGGGUGGGAGAAACCUGUGUAACCUGCAGGAGGAGCAGAUCAAGCAAAUACCUCCAGAAGCAAUCAGGACUGCUGGACAAUUAAACAUUUCUUCUUGUUCUCAAACCAAGAAGGACCAGCUCUACAGAAAAGCCCAGGAGGCCUUUGCUGGCCAGGCUGGCACCACCAGGGCGUAUUAUUGCCAGAUUCGGUCGUACCUGGGUGGAGCUCCAGCAAAGGACCUGAAAGACUUGGCUAAAGCUGGCAUUACCAUAGACAUGGACAUAGACACCUUCCUUGCCCUAAAUCCCGAUGAAAUGCAGGAACUCAGCGUCACAGACGUGAAAAAUUUGCUCGGGGAAAACCUCCCUUACCUGAAGGAAGCUGAAAACGAGACCUCGGUGAUGCGCUGGGUGAAGAGACAGUCCCAGCAGGAACUGGACUGUACCCUGGGAAUCGGCCUGCAAGGAGGGAUGCAGGAGCCCAGCCCCGCGGGGACCACCGCCACUCCUCACCCCACCACCUCGGCCAGUGUCACCCCCACCGUCCCCGCGACCACCACCUUCCCCACUGCCCCCACCUCUAUCGCCACUAGCAGCCUCCCCACCGCUAAUUUAAGUACCAGCCCCCACAAGGCCCCCACCCCAAGUACUAUCAGCCCAACCCCCCCUCACAGCACUCCCCCACGCACUUACACCACUGCCCCCAGUUCUGCUGGGAGUCCCCCUGCCACCUCCACCGCCGCACCUCCUACGACCACGGGCUCCAUUGUCCCAUGCUCCACCCACCAGUCUGCCACCUCGAGUAAGGCCACCCCCCCCACUGUCACCCUCCUCACCACCAUCCUUGCCACUGUCAACCCCAACGCCACCUCUCCCAGCUCCGUCCCACCUCCGGCUCCCACACAUGGGGCCACCACGACCACCACCAGCGCUGUUAGUAACCCAGCCGUUACCACCCACAACGCCAGCACCCCACUGGUGUCUGUGAACCCCCCAGCACCUGGAGGUACUAUCAGCCCUGCUCCUGCCACCCGUAACACCACCACGCCGACCACCCACAAUGCUCCCAGCACCCUUGUCCCUACCUCCACCUCUGCGCCCGCCGCCACCGCAGCCACAGAAAUGAACCUCCCUCCCCACAAGCCCACCCCCACUCCCAACUCCACUGUCUCCACCCAAAAGAGUGUCCCCUCCUCAACGGCCAAGACUACAACAUUAGCUUGCAAGACCAGUGCUCCUCCAGCAUUUCCCGGCCCCUUUUCCACCACCAGCAGCAGUGAGACCACUAAAAACCCACCCACAGGCGUGCCAGAGCCACCGAGACCAACACCCAGCGGAUACAUCAACCUGCACCCUGAAGCUGGAUCAGGAUCCAGGCUCUCCUCCUGCCUAGUGCCCAUCCUGACAACAGCCUCACUGCUGCGAGGGCUGCUCUGA